AUGUCAUUCUCCGAGGCCUUCGCGGCUCUCUCCGCCAGCCUGACAGCCGGCGCUCAGCGGCUGAGCGGCGCCUCCUCCCUGAGCGAUUUCGACGUGUGCGAGCAGCUCGGCGAGGGCGCGUUUGGGACGGUGUGCCGCUGCCUCCGGCGCUCGAGCGGCGUGGCCUACGCCCUCAAGGCCGUCUCGAUCGCGCACGCCACGCGGAACGGAGGCCUGGCGCAGGUGAUUGCGGAGCGAGACGCGCUCGUCGCGCUCGAGGAUCCGGGCCACCCGAACGUGAUCCGGCUGCACGCGACGUUCCGCGACGACGACUCGCUCUACCUCGUCCUCGAGCUCGCGACGGGCGGCGAGCUCUUCUCGCACAUCCGCCGGCUCGGCGCCUGCUCGCUGCCCUGCGCGCGCUGGCUGACGGCCGAGCUGGUCAACGCACUCGAGUACCUGCACGGGCACGGCGUGGUGCACCGCGACCUCAAGCCGGAGAACCUGCUGCUCGACGAGGUCGGCCACCUCAAGCUCGUCGACUUCGGCUCGUGCUGUCGAGAGCGGCUGCCUACGGCGGCAGCGGCGGGUGACGGCGUUGACGGCGAGGCGGCGAGCGGAGACGCCGGUCGACCCGCCGACACGCGGCGCUUCGUCGGGACGGCGGAGUACGUCUCCCCCGAAGUGCUCGGGGACGGGGACGCGACCGCCGCCUCCGACUUGUGGGCGCUCGGCGCCAUCGCAUACCAGAUGCUUGCCGGCGCCCUCUGCGCUGUGGCGUAG